AUGGUUGGUAGCUUACCUAGAUCAGCACCUCCAAGGCUUACCGUUUACCUAGCCAUAUCAACCCUUCUACAGCCACCGAUCGUCCGAACAGGCCUACUACCGCAUACGUCGGCACCUGCCUCAAGUGCGCACAGAGCACCAACCGCCCGCGACAUUCCUCCCGUCACCCUGACAAAUAUCCCCCGAAUCGACCCCGCCGAGUUCAAGCCGUACCUGUCGCAAGUCGGCGCAUUGCACCUGAGGCCUGGGAGUCGACCGCCCUAUCCAGCUCGCAAAUCCUCGAUCGCCUCAUUGUCGUCCAUCACAUCAUUCGACGCACCGGGUUCCCUCCGAAGAUCAUCUGGUGCGAGUCGCAAAGGGACCCAGGGGCCGCCGCCUCUGUCGACAAUCCCCAACGUGUACUUUGAUGACGACUUUCAUCUUGAGAACCCACGAACAUUUGACGUUGUCAGUGAGCGAUCUGAAGUCGUUCGCCCCGCGCCAGGAAGCACAGAUGAAAGAGGGGCCAGUAACGGCCACGCCGCGGCGCCUCGGAAAGCUCUCGCCACGAAUGCCAUUUUGCAAGAGAAGCUAUCGUGGUACAUGGACACAAUCGAGAUGCACCUGAUCAGCUCCAUUUCCACUGCGUCUACAACUUUCUUCACAGCUUUGGGUUCCCUGCGAGAGCUUCACUCCGAAGCCGCCGAGUCGGUGGAUAGGAUCAAGACGCUACGACAAGAACUGGAGGCUUUAGACAAAGAGAUUCCACAGACUGGGCUGGACAUUGUGCAAAAGAGGCGGCGCCGUGAAAAUAUACAGCAGCUGAACGACGCGGUAGUGCAGCUACGACAUAUUGUCGAAGGUGUGGGCAAUUGCGAGAAUCUUGUCGACGAAGGACAGGUUAAGCAAGCCUUGACAGGGAUGGACUCGCUGGAGCUGCUGAUUGCCGGCGAAGUCGGUGAGGAGAACGGCCUUGCAGCAACAAAGGCGCCUGCGCUCCAGGCAAUUCAUUUGCGAGACCUGAGGGGAGCCACGGCGCUUCAGGGCGUCAACGACGAUCUCAAUACUUUGCGGUUCCGCGUCGGGAAAGUAUUUGAGACUAAGUUCACCAACGUGCUUCUGGGUGAUCUGCGGCGACAUCUCGAAACCGUGAGCCAUGCGGAUGUGCUCCUGCGGUGGGGCACUUCAUCAAUGCGGGCCAGGGGAACGCACUCGCGAGAGCCUUCGGCGUUACCGACAUACUUGACAUCAACCAGCGAGCUGCGCGCCGCUAUUCCACCUAACCUAGACGGAUUGCAUCGCGCAAAGCAUAUUGCCAUCGCUACAAGUGCAUAUCGCGAGGCCAUCCUACGCGAGAUAAGAAACUUGAUCAGAAAGCCGUUGCCCAGUUCUAAUGACGACGAUAACGAGUCGAUGAUGUCGGCUUCUACCAUGAGCGGCGGCCGGAAUUUGUCGAGUAAAGAAAAGUCUUCGAUAUUGGCGCGCAAUCUGAGAGCGCUGGACCCCAAGGAUGCAGAGGAUCUUCUCAAAUCGAUUUACAUUGGUGUUACUGAGACUCUUCGCAGACUUACCACGCAGGUCAAGGUCUUACUCGACGUAGCAAGCUCCUUGUCAGGCUCCGGCACCUCGGGCGUCAAAUCGCCCCCUAUCCGAUCACCACUGGCCAGCCCGAACCCGGAUAGGCACUCCUCGCAACUGGAUACGUCAGCCUUUGAGAUCCAAGAGGAAAUACACAAAGCCAUGGACAUUUCGAAUCUUGUCGGUCAGGCUGUCGAUGUGGCUCAGGACAAAAUUGUUAAGGUCCUCAAGGAAAAGACGCGGACAGCAAUGAUUGAGGGCGAGAGCUUCCUUCUGCCAAACUCGGCCAUACUCUGUCUCGAGGGCUUGUCGCAAUUCAUGCACCUGAUGGCCGGCAUUCCCUCGAUGACGACCGACGUCGCCACAUCUCUGAUUGCCUACCUACAUCUCUUCAAUUCCCGAUGCACCCAGCUCAUUUUGGGUGCCGGCGCGACUCGAUCCGCCGGUCUGAAGAACAUCACCACGAGACACCUAGCGCUCGCGUCUCAGGCUCUGUCACUGAUUGUAACACUGAUUCCCCACAUUCGCGAAUUUGUUCGACGUCGUGCUGGCUCGGGAGCGGGCGUGUCAAGCCUGAUGGCCGAGUUCGACAAGGUCCGCAGGCUGUUCCAGGAGCACCAGAACAGCAUCUACGACAAGCUGGUCGACAUAAUGAGCGGGCGUGCGGCGCAACAUUCCAAGGCUGUCAAGGCCAUCGACUGGGACAGCGAGGGCAGCAGGGCGGUCCGCCCGUACAUGGAGACGCUGGCGAAGGAAACAACAACACUCCAUCGCGUCUUGACCAAACAUCUCCCUGAAGGUGCUGUGCAGAUGAUCAUGGGCCCCGUGUUCGCGAGCUACAAGGAUCAGCUGGGUACGGUCUUCCAAGCGGCAGACCCGAGGACCCCGGCCGGCCAAGACAGUAUGCGGCGCGAUGUAGACUUCCUCGUUACCAAGCUUGGCAAAGUCGACGGGUUCGGAACGACGGGCGAACAUCUGACAAGCAUCAUUAACUCCAAGCAAAUUGAGGCGCCAGCACAGCCAGCGCAGCCAGAACCAGCAACAGCGGAUCCAACUCCGUCUUCGGCGACGGUAGACGCCGCCGAAGCAAAACCAGCCGACGAGGCGGCAGAGAAGGGACCCCCCUCGCCAGAGAGUGGAUCCGAUAUACAGGCAUCCAAGGCAUUUGGCGAGAAAGAGGAGGCGUCUCAGAAGACCGAACCGAAGAAGGAGACGUCGUGA